AAUAUAAACUGAUGUAGACAGAUACCUACCAUAUUAGGCUCUGCAACAAACCAACAUGGAAGGUCUUUUAGUCUUGAGAGAGGAGUUUCGCUUAAAGAAGUUUGGAUUUGGAGGUGUACAUCAUGAAUGUUUCUAUACCUUUGUUUUUCGUACACCACCAAUUCUCUUCCUGGCCUACAGAUUACUGAUGAUGUGCUAUACUUUAUCCAUGCUAAUCAUAACUGCUGCUCGUUCUUCAGGAAUAACAGCUGGAGUACCAUGGAGUGCCUUCCUUACUAACUGGACAUAUGUAGCAUUGACAAUACACAUGUUGUUACACUUUAUUGUGGCACUAACAACAUUCAUAUACCGAGCUAUCAAAGGAACAAGUUUUAUAUCACCAACAGACAAAGAGGUUCAUGAACAGUGUUUUCAAGGAAAAAGUAGACAAUCUAAUUAUGAAAAUACAGAAGAAUCAGCCAGAUCUGGAGAUGACUCUAUGGUGCCUCCCAAAUUUUACAUCCUCCAUGCAAUAGUGUGGUUAUCAUAUAAUUAUGUUUCUUCUAAUGCCUUAAUGGUAACCAUUAUUUUCUGGUCAGUGCUUGCUCCAGGAAUGGAAGCUGAAGCCUCAUCCAUGGAAAAUGUCCAAUUGCACAUCAUUAAUACUGUGAUAGUGUUCUUAGAACAGUGUUUAUCACCAAUACCAAUACGUUUACUUCAUAUCAUUUAUCCCAUACUGUAUGGUUUGAUUUAUGUCAUUUUUUCAGCUGCAUAUGAUAAAACAAUUUACUCAAUCCUAGAUUGGUCCAAACCAGGUACAGCAAUGAUGUAUGUUUCUAUAAUAGCAUUUGUUGCUUAUCCUUUGAUCCAGUUUUUAUUCUUUGGUAUAUAUCACCUUAAAGUAUUUAUAUACAAAAGAUAUACCUCUCAAUGAUCAUACUACAUAAAUCUCAGAAAGCACAUAUGGAGGUUAAAACUUUUUUUCAAGCUAUUUUAGUAAUUGGUUGCUUAUUGUUGUAUAUAUUUAGUAAUAUAUAUUGUAAUAUAUUUGUUUUGUUCUGGCUAUUUUAGUAAUUGGUUGCUUAUUGUUGUAUAUAUUUAGUAAUAUAUAUUGUAAUAUAUUUUGUUUUGUUCUGGCUAUUUUAGUAAUUGGUUGCUUAUUGUUGUAUAUAUUUAGUAAUAUAUAUUGUAAUAUAUUUGUUUUGUUCUGGCUAUUUUAGUAAUUGGUUGCUUAUUGUUGAAUAUAUUUAGUAAUAUAUUUAGUAAUAUAUUUGUUUUGUUCUGGCUAUU